AGUCCAAACAUCUCUUCAGUCCUCCAUGCGUCCAGCACCAAUGUGGAGACUCGGUGAGGAGGGGCCAUGAGAAGAGGAAAGGCAGCUCCAGAGGGUGCUGCUCAGGGCAGCCACCGCAGGACCGGCACUGUGGGGAGAACCCCCCGCAGCAUGGACCCGGGUCACACACCCGCUUCGCCCCACACCCAGACUCCAUGGAUGUUGAGGACUCUACCUUGUCUUCCCAGAAGUCAAGUUUAUCAUCACAGAAAGUGUUAAAUCCUUUGCCUGUUCCUGAAAAGUACAGGAAGCGAAGGAUGCCUGGUGGGAGAUUUCAGGUGCCCUCGGACCGGGAGCGUCUGAGCAACCUGGAGAGGGCUGACGGGCCCAGCAGCUUGGAGGAGAAUCUGAGCAGACGGGACAGCUCGGAGGGCCGGAGCCAGACAGCCUUUUCUCGCUCUGAGGCUUCGGAGGUUGAAGAGCAGACAUCUCACAACACAAAUGAUGCCAGAGCACCUUCUCCCAGACCACGCUCAACAGCUGUGCCUGCACGGAAGGCUUCCCUGGAGACGGCUCUUCUGGAGGCAUUCCUCGACCUGGUGGAUAGAUGCUGGAGUGGCUGUAGGUCCCUGCAUGGCAACGAAGUGUUCCUCGCUCAGGCAAGGCACAUUUUGUCAUCUGUUCAAGAGUUGACAGCAGCUCAGGACAGUGCAGCACUUGGGAAUGAAGGAGUUAGCUACCUGACACUUGAAAAUAAGUCUCUGCAAAGCCGCCUUGCUGAGCAACAGCAGCAGUACACCACGACAAUGAACGAGGUGACAGCCGAACUCAACAACACGCGGAAGGAGAUGGAUACCUUGAGACAGCAUUUGGAUAAAUCUCUGGAGGAGAAUAGUAGCUUAAAAUCCCUUUUGUUCAGCAUGAAAAAAGAAGUAAAAAAUACAGACAUUUCAUCUGCAUUACAUUUGCAGAUCACUGGACUUCAGACGAGUGUGAAGCAACUCUCUGGUGAGGUGGUGGAGCUGAAGCAACAUCUGGAGCACUAUGACCGGAUCCAGGAGCUCACACAGAUGCUGCAGGAGAGCCACAGCUCCCUGGUCAACACCAAUGAGCAUCUCCUGCAGGAGUUGGGUCACGUGCGGGCACAGCACAGGGCGGAAGUGGAGCAGAUGCAUUGGAGCUUCCAGGAGCUCAAGAAGACGGCGGCCCUGUUCCCACCCCGCAGCACCAGCCUCAGCGGCCGUCAGUCCUGUUAACUCCUGUCCAGAGCCUGGUUUUCCUCCGUCUGUUAAAGGCUGUGUGUCUCUGUAUCUGACUGUGCUGAUGAGACUUGUCUCCUCUGUCUGUAAUUACCUUACAGUUCUCAAAAUGUGUUCAGGGCCUGCAUCUCAGCUUCUUAACAUCCUGAAGUGGUAGGGUGAACCCUGGGCCUUUGUGUGUUUAAGACAGACCACUGACUGCUUUUUCACCAUCGUCCUGACAUGAAGUUACAUGUAUGUUUUUCCUCCUACUGUGAGAGAGUUGCAUAAGAUAAGUAAGAUGGUUUUAGUGUGACAAGCAGUCCUUAUUUAAUGAACUAAUUUGUUCCAAAAGUUAACUCAGCG